AUGGUGUCAGAGUAUCAUCCGGAUAAGAAUGCUAGUAAUCCUGAAGCAUCUGAACUUUUUAAGGAGGUUGCAUAUUCUUAUAGCAUUUUAUCUGACCCGGAGAAGAGAAGGCAAUAUGAUAGUGCAGGCUUUGAGGCCCUUGAAACUGAUGGCAUGGACAUGGAGAUUGACUUGUCGAAUCUGGGAACUGUAAAUACUAUGUUUGCAGCAUUAUUCAGCAAACUUGGUGUCCCUAUCAAGACUACAAUCUCUGCUAAUGUUCUUGAAGAAGCAUUGAAUGGAACUGUCACCAUCAGACCUCUGCCUAUUGGAACAUCAGUUAGUGGAAAGGUAGAAAAGCAGUGUGCUCAUUUCUUUGGGGUAACUAUAAAUGAACAACAAGCUGAAGCAGGGAUUGUUGUGAGAGUAACUUCAACUGCACAAAGCAAAUUUAAGUUACUCUAUUUUGAGCAAGAUGCCAAUGGUGGCUAUGGCUUAGCCUUACAGGAAGACAGUGAGAAAACGGGCAAGGUGACAUCUGCAGGCAUGUAUUUCUUACAUUUCCAAGUAUACAGAAUGGAUUCUACUGUGAAUGCGUUAGCAAUAGCCAAGGAUCCUGAGUCUGCUUUUUUUAAAAGGCUGGAAGGUCUUCAACCGUGUGAGGUUUCGGAACUAAAAGCUGGCACUCAUAUAUUUGCUGUUUAUGGUGAUAAUUUCUUUAAGACUGCUACCUAUACAAUUGAGGCACUCUGUGCAAAGACUUAUGAGGAUACAACUGAGAAACUUAAAGACAUAGAGGCCCAGAUUUUAAGAAAAAGGAAUGAGUUGCGCCAAUUUGAGACUGAAUACAGAAAAGCAUUGGCACGUUUUCAGGAAGUAACUAACAGAUACAGCCAGGAAAAACAAGCGGUAGAUGAGCUGUUAAAACAACGCGAUGGCAUCCACUCAUCGUUCACCGUGGCCAGGGUAGUAAGUAGUGUAAGUGGAAGUGGUAGUAAUCUGAGUAAUGGUAGUGGUAGCAAAGUUCCUGGCGAAGACAUAAAAGCCGAUAGUCCGGGGGAAGAUGGAGGUAUAGAUGGUAAGGAUAAAUCCAAAAAGAAAUGGUUCAAUUUGAACCUCAAAGGAUCGGAUAAGAAGCUUGGUUGAUUGAGAAGAUGCUCUAGAUAGUUUUGUAUUUUACUUGUUUAGAAGUCUGCAUGUCUACUUUUCCAUUCAAGAUAUUUUGGGUUGGCUUCCUGUCUGCUUAAAAGCUUACCUUGUAUCAUUUGUUGUUUCUUUUCUUUUCCUUUUUUUUCCCCCACCCCCCCCAUUUUCUCUCGUUUCCUUUUUCAUAUAGUUUUUGGGGGCUGUUCAUUGUGGUAUACUACCUGUGAUUCUGUAAGUCGAUUCAAAAUUUGAAUGUACAUCUUAAUAUACUUGAUAUUUGUCCCUCUCA